AUGGAGCUCUCAAACUCUCCCGAGAGCAAGCAGUCGGCCGCGAGCCAAGUCUGGGGCAUCGGACACCUGCGCGAGGCGAUUCUCGACGACUGCGCCGAGCUGUUCACCUCUCCUGUUCAGAAAUCUCAGUUCUUCCGGCGAUGUAUCAGCAGACUCGACAAGGCUUCCGUUCGCGAGUGCGCUCGGCAUACCCAUGCGUCCGCCACCCUCGACCAGUUCCCAUGGGACUGCCCCGACAGCGACCGGCUGCGCUGGUAUGCGAUGGGUGUUAAACGGCUGAACGUUGGGGGCGCACUUCCCAUGUGCCAUGACUGGACGCUAGCGGCGCUCCUGAAGCAGUUUCCCAACAUGGACGAGGUCGACUUCCCGACGGACCGAAAGUAUCACAGACACACGACGCUUUACCGCCUUGGACACUCCGAAUGCUGUGUGCCCGGCGUGCACAACUUCAUCACGAGGAUUUCGAUCAGUCCCGCAAACCUGCCGCGGGACAUGUUCUUCGCCCCUUCCCAGGAUGAACUCGCGCACGCGCACCACUACGAUGUCAUCGUGACACCGGACGUGUUCGACAUGGAUACGUUCGUGGCUGGCAACAUGCCGGAUACCAACAUCAUGCGCGUUCUGGCCAAUUGGGAGCUGCCACCGAUUCUGGACCAGCCGAUCCGCUGGCUUAGCUUCGAGACGUCAGACGGCAUGAUGGACGCCAACCUCUGGAUCAACGUGUUCCGCGUCCGCAAGCACCACAACAUCCCCAUCCUUGGUAUCGAUACGGGUUCCACGCCGCAGUACGUUAAUUACUUCAAUGUCCUGAGCGGGGCCGUGGGUAGUGAUCUGCGAUGGGUGCGGCUCCAUGAGGUAGAGAUGGACCUCGGCGCCGUGUUCGACGUCUUCACGGCUGAGACUUACCCGAAUCUUGAGAAGAUGGAGGUGUUCAUCGAGCCGGGAGGAGACUUCGGCGAGCCGUUCACCCAGCCGAUCCCGCCAAACUUGAAGAAGAUCCGCAUCGAGCUCUCGGUGUACACCUUCACGCUGAACCAGCCCGAGAGCAGAGGACUGUUCCCUGAGGACAGGCUGCCGUUAAAGACGUUGCGCCGCUUGAAGGAGGAGACUGGGCCGGACUCGGAGAUCACGGUGCGCGUCAUCACCAACUAUGGGACCGAAGGGCCAAAGCUGCAGGCAUUGGUAAACGAGGCUGUGGCGUAG